AAGAUAUCGGUUAUAAACAAAUGGUUGAAGAAUUGUACUGGACAUAUUUUUGAAGUAUUAAUUUUGUAAACAAUCAGUGUAGCUUUUUUUUAAAAAGUAAAAGUAUGCCGAAAGUUGUUUCACGAAGUAUUGUAUGUUCAGAUUCCAAAGAUCAAGAAGAGUAUAAUGAGGAAAAGCCCUUGAAUAUUUAUUAUUGUCUUUGUGGGAAACUAACAUUGAUUCUUGAUUGGGCAAUUGACAUCUUACCAUUACGUCCAGCCGACGGAGCCAGAGUAAUCGAUGGUAAAAAACAUGCCCACAAACUCUCUUUCCAAGAAGGGCAGUCCCUUUACAUUAAACGCGAAAAAGGAUAUGAACGCCAAUAUCGUCUAAACUGUAAAUAUUGUAGUCUGCCUUUGUACUACCGACAUGAUCAAGCUUCCGACGUCACUUUCAUAAUUCGAGGAUCUUUGGUGCGGAAGAAGAUGGAUAGUUUGCUCGAAUCGGAAGAAGUUAUGACAGCGGAUUCAUGCAUUGAGGGCGUUGGUUUUGGAGUGGGAGAAAAAAUUAUGGUAACACGACAUACAAAGCACAUGGGAAAGUUUAGUUCGGUGACUGUCUCAACAAUUGACGAGGAAGAAGAUGAAAUCGAAGCUCGUGAAAUCGCAGAUAGUUAUGCAAAUAAUGCAAAAAUUAUAGAGAAGCAACUGCAACGGAAAGGCGGUGCAGCACGCAGUAAAAUAGACGAAGUACCUAAAGCAAAGAAACCGAAAGGAACAUUGCUUAACAUGUAAAAUAAUUUAUUGAAAAGGAUGUAAUAUAUGUAAAUGAUAGUUGUACCGUUAAUUACCCAACAAACAAAAAAAAUUUUAUUUAAUUUGGAACCAAGUUUGCUUGAAUACAAA